AUGUCUCUCUCCAAUAAACUCUCUGUCAAGGACUUGUCUCUUGCUGGCAAGCGCGUCUUCAUCAGAGUCGACUUUAACGUCCCUCUUGAUGGUAAGACUAUCACCAACAACCAAAGAAUUGUUGCUGCUUUGCCAACCAUCCAAUAUGUCAUGGAACAAAAGCCAAAGGCUAUUGUCUUGGCCUCCCACUUGGGUAGACCAAACGGUGAAGCUAACGAAAAAUACUCCCUUAAACCAGUCGCCGAUGAAUUGUCUAAAUUGUUGGACCAAAAAGUAAUCUUCCUCAACGAUUGUGUCGGCAAAGAAGUCGAAGAAACCGUCAAUACCGCUCCUGCUGGCUCUGUCAUCUUGUUGGAAAACUUGCGUUUCCACAUUGAAGAAGAAGGUUCCAAGAAGGUUGAUGGUCAAAAGAUCAAGGCCGACAAGGCCAGUGUCGAAAAAUUCAGACAACAAUUGACUGCCCUCGCCGACGUUUACGUUAACGAUGCUUUUGGUACCGCCCACCGUGCCCACUCUUCUAUGGUUGGUUUCGAAUUGCCACAAAGAGCUUCUGGUUUCCUUAUGACCAAAGAAUUGACCUACUUUGCUAAGGCCCUUGAAAACCCUGUUAGACCUUUCCUUGCUAUCUUGGGUGGUGCCAAGGUUAGUGACAAAAUCCAAUUGAUCGACAACUUGUUGGACAAGGUUGACAUCUUGAUCAUUGGUGGUGGUAUGGCUUUCACUUUCAAGAAGGUUUUGGACGGUACUAAUAUUGGUACUUCUCUUUUCGACGAAGCUGGCGCCAAAAUUGUCCCAGAUUUGAUGGCCAAGGCCAAGAAGAACAAUGUCAAGAUUGUUUUGCCAGUUGAUUUCGUCAUUGCUGACAAGUUUGACAAAGACGCUGCCACCAGUACCGUCACCGCUGCUGCUGGUAUUCCAGAUGAAUGGAUGGGUCUUGAUGCCGGUCCAGAAACCAGAAAAUUGUUUUCCAGCACCGUUGCUGAAGCUAAGACCAUUGUCUGGAACGGUCCACCAGGUGUCUUUGAAUUCGAAAAGUUCAGUGCUGGUACCAAGGCUCUCUUGGAUGCUGCCGUCGAAAGCAGUUCCAAGGGUAACACCGUUAUCAUUGGUGGUGGUGACACUGCUACUGUUGCUAAGAAGUUUGGUGUUACCGACAAAUUGUCACACGUUUCUACUGGUGGUGGUGCUUCUUUGGAAUUGUUGGAAGGUAAGACUUUGCCUGGUGUUGCUGCUUUGUCUGAUAAGCAAUAA